ACAUAACUGUUUUUCAGUUUUUGGCUCCUCUCACUGUGAUCUCUUUUCUCUAUAUAAUAUAUAAUAUAACUUCUCAUUUUUUCCAUACAAAACUGAUUCAAAUUUUUUGUUAGGAAUAAUAUUUUUGUAGUAACAAAAAACCAUGCAUUCAAAUCACUUACUUCUUGAAGAACCAAUAAGGAUGGCUUCAAUCUUGGAGCCAUCCAGAACUAGUUUUUUUCCUGCAAUGACAAAGAUUGUUGGAACAUUGGGUCCAAAAUCGCGAUCUGUUGAGGUUAUUUCAUCAUGUCUUGAAGCUGGAAUGUCUGUCGCAAGAUUUGAUUUUUCGUUGGGUGAUAAUAAGUAUCAUCAAGAGACAUUGGAUAACUUGAAGACUUCGAUUAAGAGUACCAAGAAACUCUGUGCUGUCAUGCUAGAUACUGCCGGUCCAGAGCUAACGGUUGUUAACACAAGUGAGAAACCUAUUGCACUUAAGGCAGAUGAAACUGUAACUAUUAUACCUGAUAAAGGCGAGGAAGCAUCUUCUGAAGUGUUCCCAAUCAAUUUCGAUGGAUUAUCCAAGGCAGUGAAGAAGGGAGACACGCUUUUUAUCGGUCAAUACCUCUUUACAGGAAGUGAAACGACGUCUGUGUGGCUGGAGGUAGAUCAAGUGAAAGGGGAUGAUGUAGUUUGUGUGAUAAAGAAUUCCGCCACGUUAACUGGAUCGUUGUUCACUCUGCAUGCUGCUCAGAUUCAUAUCGAUUUACCUACCCUCUCAAAUAAAGAUAAGGAGGUUAUUAGCACAUGGGGAGUCCAAAACAAAAUUGAUUUUCUUUCGUUAUCAUUUACCAGGCAUGCUGAGGAUGUUCGUGAGGCACGUGAACUCUUAGGUAAGAUGGGUGAUCUAAGCCAAACACAAAUCUUUGCGAAAAUUGAAAGUGAAGAGGGCUUGACACAUUUUGAUGAGAUACUCCAAGAGGCCGAUGGCAUCAUCCUUUCACGUGGAAAUCUCGGGAUAGAUCUUCCACCUGAGAAGGUGUUCUUGUUCCAGAAAGAAGCUGUUUACAAGUGUAACAUGGCUGGCAAGCCUGCUGUAGUAACACGUGUUGUCGAUAGUAUGACUGACAAUCUUAGGCCAACUCGUGCUGAAGCAACGGAUGUUGCUAAUGCUGUCUUGGACGGCACUGAUGCAAUUCUUCUUGGUGCCGAGACUCUACGUGGAUUAUACCCAAUUGAGACUAUUUCCACUGUUGGAAGAAUUUGCGCCGAGGCGGAGAAGGUCUUUAACCAAGAUCUAUACUUCAAGAGGACAGUCAAAUUUGUUGGGGAGCCCAUGUCACACCUCGAAUCAAUUGCUUCUUCUGCGGUACGAGCAGCAAUUAAGGUGAAAGCGUCAGUAAUUAUUUGUUUCACUUCAUCUGGAAGAGCAGCGCGAUUGAUAGCCAAGUAUAGGCCAACAAUGCCAGUAAUAUCUGUUGUCAUUCCUCGACUUAAGACGAAUCAAUUGAAGUGGAGUUUGAGCGGCUCAUUCGAGGUUCAGGCAAGGCAGUCACUGAUCGUGAGGGGUCUUUUUCCAAUGCUUGCUGAUCCUCGACAUCCUGCUGAGUCUACAAACCCAUCGAACGAGUCUGUGCUGAAAGUUGCCCUUGAUCGCGGGAAGGCCUCGGGAGUUGUGAAGUCCCACGACCGAGUUGUCGUGUGCCAGAAAGUCGGAGACGCGGCGGUGGUUAAGAUUAUUGAACUUGAACAUUAAGCUUUUAGUUGUUCUCAUGCCAUCACAAAUGAAGUUCUACUAUCUAAGUUUUGGUAGCUACAAUACGUGUUAUUCUAUAGUUGUAUGUAUCACGCUAAGUUGCACGGACUAUUCACUUUCAAUGCCGCACCCGUGUCGGAUUUUGGAGAAUCCGACACGCAUCUGUUGACGUUUUUGAAGAAUCCGAGCAACAUCGGGUAUAAUGUGGCAAUAAUUGUGAAAAUUAUGGGGAAAAAGGUAUAAUGUUCUAUUAUUAGUUUAUUACCAAAUAUGUUUUAAUAAACAACAACAACAACAUACUAAUGUAAUUUCAUAAGUGGGAUCUCGAAACUGUAGGAUCUAUGAAAAUUUUAUUCCACCAUUCGUGGGGGCGGAGAGAUCGUUUCUGAUAGAUCAGGCUCGAAAGAAAUGUGUUCGAGAAAAUGUAAAGAAACAUGAAUUUCAUAUUUUAGACGUGAUUUUUGGAUUUGAAGUUUAUGAAA